GUACGGACUGCGCCCCGAGCACCCGCAGUACCGAGACCCAGACCGUGUGCCUGGGCGCCCCGGAGGCCGAGGACGCGCAGGACCCCGCGGCGCUGCUGCCCCUGCCGGGCGGGCCGGGCGCCCUGCUCCGUCCGGAGCCCGAAGCCUUGGCCACCACCAGCGGCGCCCUCCCCGCGGGCCUCGACUCGAAGACACCAACAUCUCAUGUGCAGUUUGGCCCCAUGAGGUUUCAUGCACAUCAACUCCAGGUACUUUUAGCGUUUGUCAGAGACGAUAGACAGUGGAAAGGCUUCCGUAAGGCGUGUGAAAAAGCAGGGUUUAAGUGCACGGUGGCCCUGGAGGUCCAGGCUGUGUUAACCUGUUUCGUGGCUGCAGAUCACGACAUCGUCAUCAUCGACCACAGAAACCCCCAGCAGCUGGACGCCCCGGCGCUGUGCAGGUCUAUUCGAGCAACAAAAGUUUCAGAAAACACAGUUAUUGUUGGUGGAGUACGCAGGCGGGAUGGAGAUGAUGUGAUGUCCCUCAUUAGUGCCGGCUUUAGGAGGAGGUACGUGGAGAACCCCAGCCUCCAGGCCUGUUACGCGGAGCUGCUGCAGCUGGAGUUUGGAGAGGUGCGGUCACAGCUGAAACUCAGGGCUUGUAAUUCAGUAUUCUCUGCACUAGAGAAAAGCCAAGACGCCAUUAAAAUCACGAGUGAGGACAACUACAUACAGUAUGUAAAUCCAGCAUUUGAAACAACAGUGGGCUAUGCGUCGGGUGAAUUAUUAGGGAAGGAGUUAGCAAACAUGCCUCUAAAUGAGAAAAAGGCUGACUUGUUCAGUACUAUAAAUUCAUGCACGAAGAUGGGCAAGGAGUGGCAAGGCGUUUACCUCCAAAACGGAGAUAAUGUACAACAAAAUGUGAAGAUAAUGCCUGUCAUUGGACAGGGAGGAAAAAUUAGACACUAUGUGUCCAUUAUGUGCCGAGUGAGCAUCGGCAACAGUAAGGCUGAGAAGAUCACAGACUCCGUUCAUUCUGGCACUCCCACAGGUAAUCCGUCGGGUAAACAUAAAGACAAGAGGAAAAGGAGUGUUGCCUCAAGGGCCAGAAAGGUGAUCGAUAUCAUCAGUGCUGUCCAGGAGAACAGUUCCGUGCCUGUGACGGAAGCCUUAGACCGCGUCCUGGAAAUUCUGAGAACCUCGGAGCUGUAUUCACCACAGUUCGGGGCGAAGGAAGAGGAUCCUCACACCAAGGACCUCAUUGGGGGCCUGAUGUACCUGCAUCAAGUUUCGGGCCGCUUACUCACCUCCGAGUCCCUUCACAAUAUCCCACCGCGGAUAGCUGAGGCCCUGGAAAGCGAUGACGACUGGGACUUUCAUGUGUUUGAACUGGAGACUGCCACUCAGAAAAGGCCUUUGACUUUUCUUGGUCUCAAAAUCUUUGCUCGCUUUGAGGCCUGUGAAUUCUUGAAGUGCUCCGAGACGACGCUGCAGCUGUGGCUGCAGACUAUGGAAGCCCACUACCACUCCUCCAACCCCUACCACAACUCCACCCACGCUGCCGACGUGCUGCACGCCACCGCCUACUGCCUCUGCCAGGAGAGGAUCAAGCAAGCGGUAGACUCAGUGGACGAGGCCUCCGCCCUCAUCGCAGCCGCCAUCCACGACCUGGACCACCCGGGGAGGACCAACCUCUUCCUGUGCAACGCGGGCAGCCCGCUGGCCGUGCUGUACAACGACGGUGCCGUGUUGGAGAACCACCACGCGGCCCUGGCCUUCCAGCUGACCGCCAAGGAGGACAAGCGCAACAUCUUCAAGAACAUGGAGAGGAAUGACUACCGGACGCUGCGCCGGGCCAUCAUCGACAUGGUCUUGGCCACAGAGAUGACCAGGCACUUCGAGCACAUCAAUAAGUUUGUCAACAGUGUCGUCAAGCCCUUAGCAGAGCUGGAGGAAAGCGAGGGGAGUGAGCCAAACCCUCGUGACGUAGACACGACGCUCCGGUCUCCAGAGAACCGGACUCUGAUCAAGCGGAUGAUGAUCAAGUGCGCGGCCGCGUCCAACCCCUGCCGGCCCUUGGAGCAGUGCAUCGAGUGGGCUGCACGCAUCUCGGAGGAGUAUUUUUCUCAGACCGAGUAUUUUUCUCAGACCGAAGAAAAGAAGCUGGACUUGCCUGUGGUGAUGCCAGCUUUUGACCGAAACACCUGCAGCAUCCCCAAGUCCCAGGUCUUCUUCAUCAACUGCUUCGUCACAGACAUGUACCGUGCUUGGGACGACUUUGUAGACCUACAGGAGUCACUGCAGCACCUGGACAACAAUUUUAAAUACUGGAAAGGACUCGACGAAAUGAAGCGGCAGGGUGUCCGACCACCUCUGGCACCAAAAUAGAGAAGGCUCCUUCUGUCCGAAACUGAACCUCUGAAACUGCUCUACUCGCCUGAUGUACUUUGCCAGUGAUUCUACAAAUGAAAAGAAAUUAGGACUGAACACUUUUUCAUAAAAUUUUAUUAAUGACUUUUUCCAGAAGUUUGCCUUAUUUUGUAGUGUUUAUACCAGAUAUUGUCAUAGAAACAUAGCAAGCAGAAUAUUUACUAAAUUGACUUUUUAA